AUGAAGUACAGUUUAGGAAUGCUCAUGACUUUUUGGGCGGGUGUGAGUGCAAUAUACGAGGUACCUGUACAUAAGGACAAUGUCUGGGGACAAUCAAAGACGGCUCGUAAAAUGAAAGGAUGGUGCGUGUUCGAACUGAACGAAUCCAGAGACGCGGGAGAUAUAAAAAUGGACCUCAUCUUUAAUAAACCUACUAGAAAUCUUCAGAUAUGGAUCAUGAACAUCGACAAAAUACUAAACAAAGGACGGGCAUAUGAAUUAUCAAGCAGAUAUCCAUAUCAAAACACGAUGCUGAAAGUUGAAUUCAUUUUGACAUACAGAGGUAGCAAGAAGAGGUUUCCAAGAGGAAGCUGCAUCAGUAACAUAACGCCACCUUCUACGACAACACAAGCACCUACUACGCAUGCCCCAGUGACAUCACAAGCAAGCACCACCCGUACCACCUCGGUGACGCAACAACCUUCAACAACGUCAGCACCGCGAUCCUCCACCACGACAAUACCAGAGUCAUUUUCUGACGUCAUACCGAUAUCCGUCGAGGGUCAACACUGGAGUGUUGGAAAUGGCUACCGUAUAACCGGCAUCUGUGUAUUCAAGAUUAAGCCAAAACUUAAAUCCUAUGGCAUCAUGGUGGAAUUCGAUAAAGAAACUUAUGGAAUGACGGACUGGACAAUGGAUAUUGAAGAUCAACAGUCAAAUGGGCUAUGGUAUUACUUGAAAAACAGAUGGCCUGAGAGGCAAAACGAAAUCAGAUUGAGGUUUCAGGUUGAUUUUGAUUCUCUUCCUGUGCCAUCUGGUACGUGUACAAUUGAUAGAAAUGGUCAAACUCUGACACCCAAACCUUCAACUGCAAUGCCAACGCCAACCACCAAAGCUCCCACACAGCAACCUUCAACUGCAGCGCCAACACAGCAACCUUCCACUGCAGCACCAACUCAACAACCUUCAACUGCAGCACCCACACAGCAACCUUCAACUGCAGCACCCACACAGCAACCUUCAACCGCAGCACCCACACAGCAACCUUCAACCGCAGCGCCAACUCAGCAACCUUCAACUGCAGCGCCAACACAGCAACCUUCAACUGCAGCGCCAACACAGCAACCUUCAACUGCAGCACCAACACAGCAACCUUCAACUGCAGCACCAACUACAGGUGCACCGGUAAACACAGCUCAUGAUUACAAUUCCAUUCUUCAUGAAUCUAUUUUAUUCUAUGAAGCCCAGCAGGCUGGUUAUCUGACAAAUAACAGAGUUUCUUGGAGAAGUAAUGCUACAACUUUGGACAGAGGAAUAUACGGAGAGGACCUAACUGGAGGAUGGUAUGACGUAACCUCUCUGGCCGAUUCAUUUGUUUAA